GUGGAAAAGUGGAGCUGUUGGACGCAUGCGCAAAGCCUGCGUCGCUCGGCACGGUGCUGGCGGUGCCGCGGCCCGAGUCCAAUGUCAGGGGACUUUGAGGAGCGGAGCGGGGUGGUGCCUUGCGCGACUCCGUGGGGUUGCUGGUACCAGACCUUGGAAGAGGUGUUCGUUGAGGUGCAGGUCCCGCCGGGCACUCGGGCCAAGGACAUCCAGUGCAGCCUGCAGAGCCGGCCCCUGGGGCUGGCCGCCGGCAAGGCUGAUCUUUUUCAGGGUAAACUCUUUGACUGCACAAUAGCUGAUGAAGGGAUGUGGACAUUAGAAGACAGAAAAUUGAUACGUAUUGUUCUAAUGAAGACUAAUCGAGAUGCUGGAAAUUGUUGGACCUCUCUGUUAGAAAAUGAGUAUGCUGCUGAUCCUUGGAUACAGGACCAGAUGCAGAGGAAACUUACACUGGAAAGAUUCCAAAGAGAGAAUCCUGGCUUUGACUUCAGUGGGGCAGAAAUUUCUGGAAACUAUAGCAAAGGGGGACCAGACUUUUCCAAACUUGAAAAAUAAACUUAUUUCACCAGUGUUCUAAAGAACCAGAGAGAAUGUGCAUUGUGUGUUAAACUGAAAUAGUGAAAUACAUUAUUGAAGACUACCUGCCUACAAAAUGAAUGACAGCAUGUUUAAAUACCCUUUCCAAGGAGAGGUAGAGUGGUUCUUUCAGUAGGAUCCAAACAGUAAAGUUUAGAGGCUUGUUUUAUACCUUUGUGCAAUUUUGAUAAUGGAAAAUAUGCACUCCUGAUAAAUGUACUUUAAAGGUGCCAUGACUGUUUUUAAGCAGUAUGGAUUUGUGGAAAUAUUCCAUAAUAAAGUGAAAGGCACAGUUAUAGAAUGUUGGAUAAGUGUUAACACUCAUCAACUCUCAUUGUCCUUAACUUUGAAAUAACUAUAUUUUCUAAAUUUUAAAAAUGUACUUCUCAUUUGAUUAGCAGCCAUCUGAUGUGUUAGUUAGUUCAGUUUCUGCCACUGCUGUUUUAAAACAAGGAUAUUCUUAAGUGCAGAAAAAGUUUUAACAUGUUAGUGUUGUGCCAAAUGUUGAAGGACAAAUGGUGGUGGCAGAGUGUGAAAAAGUUUAGGUUGAAGCCUGAACUCUAGUACUCCUAGGUUCACUUACAAUACUGAAACUUAAUAUUCUUUGUGGGAGAAGAGGUUUUGAUUUCUAAAGGGUUGAAUACUUUGCCUGUAGAAUGCCUCAGAGUAUUUUGAUAGAAUUUAUUAAUGUUGAUGUACAUGCAUUUGUGCAAGAAAAUGUGCAACUGUGCAUAGUGUCCCUACACUGUGUACAAUUUGAAUUAAAGAAUUUUAAUUACA